CUUUAAUCUCAUCAGAACCGGUAUCUAAAACUUGAUAUGUUGCAACUUGCAACGCAUCAUAUAAAAUUAUUUUCACAAACAACUAUACUGUAUGUUUAAAAUAUUAAAUGAAAAAACCACAAUUGUUUAUAAUAAACAAAUAAUUAAUAUGUUGAUAAAUAAAUAAACCACAAAAUAAUAAAAUUAAAAAAUUUAUCAAAGAAAAUAACUAUACCACUGUGUUUGAUUUAAAAAUGAAUUUAAUAAUAAUAAUUGGAAUUAUUUUUACAAGUGUUGUCGAUGCACAAGAAACUUGUAAGACACCAUGUAAUCAACCAGGUGAAUGUAUAAACUUGCGAAUUUGUCCAGCUUUAAUGGAAGUACUGACAAAACCAGGUCCACGUAUUGAAAGUGAACUACAACUUUUGCGUCAAUCACAGUGUGGAUUUGAUGGUGCAACACCAAAAGUAUGCUGUCCAUUAAAAAAGACUUGGCAAGCAUCAACAUCAACAACAGAAGAGCCAACAACAUCAAAUUACUACCCACCAUUGCCACUUGAUACAUCAGCAUCACCAGAUGUAACAGGACAUAAAAAUCUUCGUCUUCUUGAUCAUCAAUUAUGUGGUCAUAUAAAUCAACCAAAAAUUGUCGGUGGAAAUAAAACUGGUGUAUUUGAUUAUCCAUGGAUGGCACUAUUAGCUUAUCGUAUUGGAAGUAAAACUGAUUUUCGUUGUGGUGGUACAAUAAUUAAUAAAAAAUAUAUUAUAACUGCUGCACAUUGUGUAACUCAACUACCCUCAAAUGCUGAAUUGAUUGGUGUUAGAGUUGGUGAACAUGAUCUCAGUACAGAACGUGAUUGUGAUCAUGAUCCUGAUGGUCUAGAAGAUAUAUGUGCUGAAAAAUAUCAAGAUUUUGGUAUUGAAAAUAUUGCAUAUCAUCCAGGCUAUGUCAAAACAAAAUUACAAAAUGAUAUUGGUAUUAUUCGUGUUGAUGGUGAGAUUGAUUUUCGUCCAUUAAAUGUCCGGCCAAUAUGUCUACCAAUUGGUACAGCAUCACGUAUUAGCCAAAAAAAAUUAACAGUUACUGGAUGGGGUAGAACAGAAUACAAUACUGGUAGUCUUGAUUUAUUGAAAAUAAAUAUUCCACUUGUUGAUAAUGAACAAUGUGCAAUAAUGUAUCAAAAUAAAACACAAAUAUGGCAUAAACAACUGUGUGCUGGUGGAGCAAGUGGUAUUGAUUCUUGUAAUGGUGACAGUGGUGGUCCAUUACAAUCACCAUCAUUAUAUCAAAAUAAUCCACGUUUUGUUUUACAUGGAAUUGUCAGUUUUGGUACACGUAAUUGUGGUGCUGGUUUACCUGGUGUCUAUACAAAAGUAUCUGAAUACACUGAUUUUAUAUUAAACACAAUUAAAGAAUAGACUGUACGGAGAAUAGAUGGUGUUUCAUUUUUUCUUGUAUUAUUAUUUUUGUCAUAAAAAAAUUAAAAUUUAUUUAAAAAAUAAAUUGAAUACUAAAUCUUCA